GGUCCUUGGGGGAAGGGGUUCAAACGGAAGAAUGAGAUGAUUCGCCACGUGCUUGUCCAUAACUCCUAGUGAAAGGACAGGCCAUGAAGAUGCCAUAUCCCCGUGGUAUCGUGCACUCAUGCAUCCUUCGCCGGACACCGAAGAGGGGAAGGAGACUCUAAAACACUCAUUUGGGAACACUAGAUGGCCGACACAAGCGGGGGGCAGCCAAGGAGCGCAAGGGAAGGACAGAGUGUAUAAAUGCGUUCUUUGUCCGGAACGCCCGUGGAUGAAAAAUAAAGCAUCAUCAAGAAGACACGUCGAGUAUCAGCACUACCCAACUCAAUACCAUAGUUGUCCAGACUGUGAGGUGGACGCGGUCCAGACACUCUUCACAAGGGACAGACUUGAGGAGCAUAUGAGGGAUAAACACAUCGGAAUACAGGCUACGAAGUGAGGAGAUGAAAAGGAAUACUGUUGCCGUCAAUCCGCCUCUAGAAUGUGCCCUGUGCCCCAGUCCCACAAGGUCAUGGGAUGAAUUUUUCGAGUGUCUUUGCCGGCACUGUCUUGUAUUAAAAGCAGAUCAUGCGGAUGAGGGUUACAGCGAGAGAGAU